UUGUGUUUUCCUGUGAAUACUCUUUAACAGAACAAUAAAUAAUACACCGAUUUCUGCUCAUCUGUUUACGAGAAGAAAGAAAUAAUUCUUUUUUCCAAACAUGAAAAGUUAUAGACUUUUAGGACAAACGUUUUAGUUUGGAUAGAUUAAUAUGUGAAAACCCAUUUCAGGCGUGUAGUCAAUUCGUGUUUUUUAUGUCGCAAAGCGCGGACUUCAAAAGAAAAACAUGUUCGGGCACAUCGACAAAGUGAAAUAGUUGUGUUUAUGGAGAAAGCAAAAUGAUACGCUGUCGUAGUGAUACAUACAAGGUUUAAAAACAUCUCAUUCUUGGUAACGUAUGGGUGAUAGAAUAUUUAAUAUUUUUGAAAUAAUCAUAACAUUUUAAAAAAGUUCAACAAGCAGUGUAAACUUCCGGUCAUUACUCCGGCAUUCAGCAAGCCAUGGCCAAGGACCAGAAUUAGUUUUCAGAAUAACGCUGCAAGAUCGUGCCUUUUAAAAAUUUGUUUUAAUAAGUUCAGGCAAGCAGAUCAACAUGGACGAGUUGUUUUCCAAACGCCUUCCAGUCAUAUUUAAAUCACAUGACAGAGAAGACAGGAGAGGUUCAGUUUUCCUAAAAAUGGAAGUGCAAGCACUCUCAGCACCACUUACAAGAAAGGAAUUAGUUGUGCGCCUGACAGAUGACAAAGAUCUUUUUUUUCUGUACACAUUACGUCUUGGUGAAGAAGACUUUCAAAGCCUGAAAAGUCAGCAAGGGCUGCUGGUUGACUAUGGGGCCUUUCCACAAAAAUUCAUUGAUUUGCUUGAAAUGUGUCUGCAGGAAGAGCAUCGCGAUUCACCCAAGUUUGUCCUUCACUUUACUUCCCACAGCUCAGUAAGUGGUGAGAAGUCAAUAGCCAUUUUGAAUGUAGUGGAAACAAAUCCGUUCAAGCACUUGAUUCAUCUUUCCCUUAAGUUUGUGCCUGGAUCUGAUGCUGAUAUCAAGAAAUAUCUUGCAGAUUGUCUUAAACAACUAAAGGACACCAACAACUUGCUACAGCAAAAGUUGGAGCAUACUAAUUCAGAUCUUUCACAGAGGCUUCGGCAAGCACAGGAUAUGCUGGCCUCUAAAAGUGCAGAGUUAGAGUCUUUGAAGUCAGAGUGGAAUUCACGAAUAGGUGACCUAAGGGCACGCCAUAAAGAAGAAAUGGCAGCAGAAAAGGAAAAGGCAAUACAGCUUCAGAAUGGUUUACAACAGCGCUAUGACCAUGACAGACGAGAAAUGGAGCAGGCCCAUGCCAGGAAUGUGAAGCAACUAGAAAGUCGACUUAGUGAACUAGAAAAAGGAAACAAGGACUUGACAGACAAUAAAUACAAAUGUGAAAGUCAGAUACGGGAACUGAAGGCAAAACUUACAGUCACAGAAGAAGAGGCUGCUCAUGCGAAACAAGAAGUUACUACCCUUAGGAAGCAAAAUACAGCAAUGGAUUUCAAGUCCCAUGAUCAGGAGAAGUUGAUGAACCAGCUGCAGACACGAAUUGCUGUUCUAGAGCAGGAGGUGAAAGACAAGGAGCAGUUACUAUUACGAUCAAAUGAACUUCUUCAAACACAGCAAGACUCCAGGAGAAAGUGUGAAGAAGACCUUGAAAAACGGGGAAAAGAAGUUAACAAACUGGAAGGCAAAGUACGGGCCAUGACUGAAGAGUUGAAGAAAGGAAAUGAAAUCAUAAAGAAGCUCCAGGCUGAAAUCAAAAACUACCAUACAAAAGUGAAGUUGAGAACACAGAUUGCAACUGAACAGGAACGUCUGCUUGGGGAAAAAGAUCAAGAACUAGAAACUUUGCGGCAAGAUCUGGCCAUAACUAAAGAGGCUCUGAAACAGAAAAGUGAUGAGAACAAAUCACUCAAUGAUAAUUUGGAGAACACAACUCAGAAGUUACAAGAAUGUCAGAAACUGCUGAAAACUAACGAGAAUGUGAUUCAGUGGCUGAACAAACAGAUCAACGAGCAGCAACUACUAAGUCACAGGCUUGGAACAUUUGAAAUGCCAGGUGCUACCAGCAGUCUUCGUCCCACUGGUGGAGGCUUGCACAACUACAGUGCUUCGAGCUAUGUAUCUGCUGGCUCUCAUGGUGAUGUUCAUCUGCGUAAUGAAAUGAAUCCAGGAAUGUCUGUCCCUCGCCCACAUUUUAAUUCUCAUCGUCCACCUCAGGUGCAGUACAAUCCCAUGCAAGCCAACCUGCGCAAGAGUGGUUUACCCGUACCAUCAGGAGCGGGGCGUAAUGGACCUCCACCACCCAUUCCAGAAGAGUCUCAGCCUCGUGCAAAUAACCACCAAGCCCCCCCUGCUUCUGGUCGUCUAACUGAUAAAGAAAAUGAUCCACCCAUUGAUCCAAAGUACUUUGAGAAACGAGAUGAUGCCAUACCCCUGCGGGGUUUAUUAAACCGAAGCGCUUCUCCACCUGCUGCUCCAGCCUCUGUGACUACUGCUUCAGCUCCUUCUCAGCUUACACAGCAGUCCUCCUCAGCCUUACACAUGCCAGGUCCGUCUCUUCGCCUCAGUCAGCAGCUGAUAGUUCCCAAGGCAUCUCAGCCACCACUGGCUUCAGCCUAUUUCCCUGGCCAGGGAAAGGCCUCCUGAGGGGAGCCUAAGCAAUUAAUUGUAUGUCUCGGAAUAUUCAUUUGGUAGUAGGUCUUAAUACUGAGUGGAACCUUAGCAGUUGACUGCAUCACUUAGAAUGUUACUUUGGAAGUAGGCCAUGCUUUGCGAGAAAAGGCUUCCAUACCAGGAUGUGGCACAGACAUAGUGAUUCCUUGGGCAAAGGGACCUGUAUAUGAUUCACCUGCAUAUCUGUCAGCUGGGUUUGGCCAAAAGCUGUGCACAUGGAAGCGUGUGUCAAAGACUUCUGAAACAUUGUCUUCGGAAGGGAGGUAAACAAAAAAUGAAACAUGGAAUUUCUCUUGUCAAGGAUGCCAUGAUGACAUACUUUCACACUAUACUCAAUCAGUGAUUGCAGAGGAGCAAGCAGAGUUCACUUUGAUUGGAGAUUAAGUGCAGGUGACUGUUGUUGCUGCCUGAUGGAAUAUGCCUUGUAUUUAUCAUGCUUCUGCUUUGCACAUGUGCAGAAACAGCUUCAGACAGCUGACUUCUUUGGAGACCAGAACCUUAAGGGUGUUGCUGUAAUGUUUAUCUUAUGCAGCACACUGAUUAGCUCAGCUACCUGUCGACUAUUUGUGCAUUUGAGAGAGAACAGCACUCUGAUUAACUCAGCUAUACAUGGAUACUAUUUGCUUUCAUGGCAGUUGUGCUAAGUGUGUGUGUGUAAAAUAUAUUUAUUUAUGUAUGGAGGUAGUCAUUGAACAAAAUAGUAAAGGUGUGGUUGAAGAUGGGGUAGUCAUUAGUCAAGUUAAUCAAAUUAAAUUCUAUAUGCUCUCUUCACAUUUGCCCCUGAACAUAAUCUUAAAAACAAAAUGGUGAUUUUCACUUUACCUCCCCAGGGAAAUAUUUCUGCAGGCUACAGCUACUUUCUAUGCAAUACAAUCAAGCUUUAUGCAUUAACUGAUAUCUGUUAAGCUUUCAUGAAGGGCUGUAAGAAGGUGGGGAAUGCUAUAACAUUAACAUCUAAAGCUCAUUAUGGGCUCAGCAAGAUGAGGAACAGGCCAGGAAGGAUGUUAGGCUGAUGUUCCAGUAAAUUCACAGAAAUUUCUGUUGAAGCACACUACAGUCAUUUUAUAGAUCUGCUUACAGUCAGUAUUGUCUCUAGUAAAAAUAUACCGAUCAAGUCAAGAAGGAAGCAUUAGUCAAUGUAUGAAAUCAGUUUCACCCUAGAACAUCUUGAGUGCUUCUCAUCCUUGGAAUUAGGCAACUGUAUUUAUUGGAAUAAAAUUUUAAAAAUUGUUCACAGAAUUAUUACUGCCUAUCAUGAUGUUGUAAGUGCAUGAGCUUCAAGCAGGGGAUUUGCUCAUAAUUUUUUUUCUUUUGAGUAAAUGGAGAAGGAAUUAGAGACUUAUCAUGUAUGAAAUAGUGAGAUUGUUGAAUUACAUUGUACUUGUAUGUGGGAAGUGGUAGUGGUCUGUUUCGGAAGAUAAUAUGGAAGACAGAAUAUUUGAAGGAUUGAAAGAAGAAAAAUAAGUCUGGAGAAAUCCAGAUACUUAGUCACUGAUGGGAAUGAACAUUUCACAAGUGAGGUGGGGUGUGAUUUUCCCACCCUACCCUUGAGAAAGUGAACAGUGGCUUGACUGCAUGGAAAGUAAAUGGUGAUUUCACAUGGACUGCAUUGUCAGCGAUUGUUGUGGUUGAGGCAGUGGGGACCUGGCAUGGCUCCAGAUCUGUGCAAUGGAGAGUAGCUUUAGCAGACAAACUUUGCUGUGUUCACUUGCCUGCUCUUGUAUCGUGUGAAUCUAUGGCAAUAGAUCAGCAUUCAACACCACUGACCUGUGCCUCAUUAUUCUGUCUUAUCUCCUUGUUAGCACACGGUAGAAUAUUGCUAUUAAUAAUCAUGCAUGCCUUUCAUGUGAGUAAAAGACUAUGGUCCUUAA